AUGGGCGAGCCGCGGGGCCUGCGGGCGGGCGACCUGCACCUGCCGGGCCUCAGUUAUCUCCACCCCGUCCACGUGCUAUCCCAGCUGGCCCGCCCUGUGCCUCUCCCCAUGGGCGUGCCUCCCUUCACCCUGCCCCCCACGCCGCCCCUCCCUCACGCCCUCAAGAUGAUGGGCGGCAGCAUGGGCGCAAUGUACCCGUGGGGCCUCAACCUCCAUAAUCCCAUGCUGGGGUCGCUGCGGCCGGGGGGCCCUCAGGGGCGGGCCCCCCCCUCGCCGGAGCGGCACCACGACCGAUUGGACGAUGGUAAAGACUGCGAAGACGGAAGUCUCGACGGCGACGCGGCGGCGAAGCGGCGGCGCUCGCGCACCAACUUCAACUCGUGGCAGCUGGAGGAGCUCGAGCGCGCGUUCGAGGCGUCGCACUACCCCGACGUGUUCAUGCGCGAGGCGCUGGCCAUGCGCCUCGGCCUCACGGAGAGCAGGGUCGCCGUGUGGUUCCAGAACCGGCGCGCGAAGUGGCGCAAGAAGGAGCACACGCGGAAGGGCCCGGGCCGCCCCGCCCACAACGCCCACCCGCAGACGUGCUCGGGCGAGCCCAUCCCGCCCGAGGAGCUGGAGCGCCGCGAGCGCCUCCGCCGCGAGAAGAAGCUGCUCAAGCAGCUGGAGCGGCAGCAGCGCAAGCUGGCGCUCAAGGGCGUGCACGUCAGCCUCGAGCAGCUGCGCCGCGAGUACGAGACGCAGCACAAGCCGGAGUCCGACGCGGGCGCGGAGGGCGAGGCGGGCGGCCGCGAGCCGCGAGCGAUGCAGCCGCGUGAGACCUCCGUCAAGAGAGCCGCCUUCUCCAUCGAGAGCAUCCUGGCGCCGUCGCGCCCCGAGGACCGCGGACCGCCCUCGCCGGGCACGCUGCUCCGCGGGGCGCCCACGCCUCCGCCCACGCCCCAGGACGGCGCCGCGCACCCCCUGCACCUUCAGGCCGCCAAGCGGGAGGUGCAGGACCUGCACCCCCCCGCGUGCGGCCUGCCCGAGGACCCCCCCGGCGGCGAGGCCCUCCGCCACCCCUUCGGCGCGCCCGACGCCUCCAGCAGAGAGGACCAGCUGGCCAGCUGCCUGGACCAGCUGAGCCCGCUCGGCUCCCUCAGCCCUCCGAUCCAGCUGGCCGCCCUCUCGGCCGUGGGCGCCCGGGAGGAGCAGCUGGAGGGCGGGCCGGGCGCCAGCUGCCAGCCCGAGGACCUGACGGGCGACAGAAGCCCCGGCGGGGAGUGCUGAUGCCCCGUCUGCCCCUAGGCGCCCCUCGCCGGCCGUUACUCCAUGAAUCAAAGGACACGUGAUACCUGUCGUUUGCACUCGGCGUGUGCAGCGCCCGGAGGCCGCGGCCCCGCUCGGCGCAGGAGCAGCGCCCAAGUGACCAACUAAUCUGUGUUUCCGGUGAUCAGCAGUGCAUCCUGACCCCCCCCCCCCCCCCUCUUUGUCCAAGACAAAGGACGACAAAAAAUAAAAAAAUAAAGAUAAGAAAUUAUUUUCGAUGAAUACAGGGACUCGAAACCCUCCCCUCCCCCCCCCCUAUACCCACCUACCCCGCCCCCCCUCCCAAUCACCCCGAAACCACUCGUAUAGUCGACAGAAAAGGGUCUCGAACCGAAUCAGUCCCAGUGAAGCUCCAUGUCCCCUCCUCAUUCCUUCGUACCUAUUUUUUUUUUCCUCAUCUCAUCUUCCUCAUCUUCCUCAUCUUCCUCAUUGUCCCAAAAACUGACCCCAAAAUACGGAGAACACAUUAACGCACAUUUGUUUUCGUUGAUAUAUCGUACCGUAACAUAUCUCUUCUACACAUAUUUAUUUACAGUGUGAUAUUCAGUUCGUCUAAAUACGACACUGAGACGCUGUAAAUGAAACUUAAACAUAUCCAAUUGUGAUGGAAUCGCCUAAAAAGAAUAUAUAAAACAGAUAAAAAAAAAUGUUAGUUUAAUAUUAAAAAUGCAGUAACACAUUAACGAUUAAGAAAACAAGAACAUGCUACACCUCAGACUUAAAGACAUAUAUAAAAAAAUAAAAACCGCAUCUAU